AUGAUAACUGUGAAGAACAUGGCAAGGGCCGAGAAACUGGAGCAGGAGCUGAGGUGCAUGAUCAAUGAUGCAGAGGUAGAACCAUUGUUUCUGCUAGAAUUGAUAGAUGACAUUGAAGGACUGGGUUUGGGAUACCGGUUUCGAAAUCAUAUCAGCCAAGCACUCAUGAAACCAACACCUAUGGAAGGGCUUGAUGUGGGAAUGGAGAAGAAUCUGCAUGCUUCUGCUCUCAACUUCAGGCUUCUUAGAGAUCAUGGCCACGAGAUCUCUCAAGAUGUGUUAAAAAAAUUCAAGGACCAGAAUGGCAAUUUCAUGGAAUGCCUUCGCUCGGAUGUUCAAGGACUAUUGAGUUUAGAUCAAGGAAAAGUAGAUGCAAAUAUUGCUGAGCAAGUGAGCCACUCGAUGGAGCUUCCCUUGCUUCGAAGGAUGCAGAGACUUGAAGCUAGGUGGUCUAUUCAAGCAUGCAACAAAAGGGGAGAUGCAAAUCCCAUCCUACUUGAACUUGCUAAGCUGGAUUUCAACUUGGUACAGUCAAACCUCCAAAUUGAUCUCCAAAAGGUUUCAAGAUGGUGGAAUCACAUGGGGUUGGCAAACAAGUUGAGUUUUGCUCGAGACAGGAUGACAGAAUGCUUCUUUUCAGCAGUUGGAGUAGUCUUUGAACCUCAAUUAAGUUAUUGCCGCAUAGGUUUAACAAAGGUCAUGACACUUUUAUCAACUCUUGAUGACAUUUAUGAUAUUUAUGGUUCAUUGGCAGGAUUGAAGAUAUUUACAGAUGCUGUUGAGAGGUGGGAUACUAAUGAAGUGGAAACUCUUCCUCGAAGCAUGAAAGUGUUCUUCCUGGCUCUUUACAACACUAUCGAUGAAAUUGCCCAUCACAUUAAGAAAGAACAAGGGUACAACAUUAUACCUCACCAAAGAAAAAUGUGGGCAGAUUUAUGCAAAGCAUUCUUAUUGGAAGCACAAUGGAGUUUAAACAAAUUUACACCAACUUUCAAAGAAUACAUUGACAAUGCUUGGCUUUCAUCAUCAGCAUCUGUUAUACUUCUCAAUGCAUAUAUUUUAAUUACAGAGAAUAUUAACAAAGACGCAUUGCUUUACUUGAAAAACUACCCUGACUUAUUGCGUUGCCCAUCCAUGCUUUUUCGACUCUACAACGACCUAGUCACUGCACAGGCUGAGAUGGAGAGAGGUGAAAACAUUAAUUCAAUUGCGUGCUACAUGCAAGAAUUCAACUCAUCUGAGAAAGAUGCUCGGGACUAUAUGAGCAAUUUGAUUGAUGAAACAUGGAAGAAGAUGAACAAAUAUCGAGUUUCUGAUUUACAAUUUUCAAAAUCUUUCAUUGAAUUAAGUCAUAAUUUUGCUCGAACAGUUCAAUGUGUGUAUCAACAUGGAGAUGGACAUGGAGCUCCUGAUCAAAAAAAUGCAGAAUAA